AUGGACACGCCGAAGCCCAAGGGCAUUGUUGUCUUCGGUGGUGGAACCGCCACCAACAGCUUGGUCGACGUAUUCAACGACCUCCGCGAAAGCAGGAACUGCUCCCUGAGCUACAUCAUUCCCAUCAGCGAUAACGGCGGUAGCUCGUCUGAGCUGAUCCGCGUACUCGGAGGACCCGGCAUCGGAGAUAUCCGCAGUCGCCUAGUCCGUCUAAUCCCAAACUCCGACAGCAAUGCAGACUUGGCUGCCACCAAGGCCUUGUUCAACUACAGGCUGUCGUCGGAUGCAGAUGCGGCCCGGGCGGAGUGGCUAGACAUUGUGGAGGGGCGGCACGCGCUAUGGAUGAAAGUCUCGAGCGAGAAGCGCGAAUUGGUCAGGAGUAUUUUUAACAUGGUCAACAUGGAGAUCGUGAAGAGGGCGAGGCCUUCGAGUACUUUCAACUUUGGGCGGGCAGCUGUGGGCAAUCUGUUCUUGACUGGCGCCCGUAUAUUCACAGGCUCUCUUGAGUCUGCCAUUUAUCUACUGAGCCAGAUUUGUGCCAUUCCGCCAUCGACGUCUGUUCUGCCGGCCAUUAACACAAACUUUACACAUCAUAUAUCCGCCGGCUUGGGUGAUGGGACUGUCAUCACGGGCCAAAACGCCAUAUCGCACCCCAGCGAACCCACCGCGCUACCUGAUGCCAAUGGUACCACGGAUCCCGCUGUUGCCGCGAUGGCCACUGAGGACACUGACGCACACGAUCUCAUUGAAGACGCUAACCUUCCUGGAAGCCUGCCGACCUUGAGGAAACAGUAUAUCGAGUUCUCCAAAUCUGGCGAGGAGGACCUGACCUCCCGCAUCGAGCGCCUCUGGUACAUCAACCCGUACGGCCACGAGAUCCGGCCACGGGCCAACCCGAAAGUCACCCAGGCCAUCGAGGGCGCCAACGCCGUCAUCUACAGCAUCGGCAGUCUGUACACGUCGAUCGUGCCGUCGCUGGUCCUGCGGGGUGUGGGCAGCGCCAUCGCCAACUCGGGCGUGCGGCACAAGAUCCUGGUCCUCAACUCGUCCAACGACCGCGAGACGGGGCCCAGCGGGUCCCCCUUCUCCGCGACCGACUUCGUCAAGGCCAUCGCGCGGGCCGGCGGCGAGAGCCAGGGCGACGUGGAACGCUUCGGCGAGGUCAGGCGCUACGUCACGCACGUGCUGCACAUGGAGGGCGAGGGCACACCGGCCGUCGAUAAGGCCGAGCUGGCGGCCCUGGGCGUCGACUGCCUCAGGGUGUAUGGGCGGCGGGUCGACGGGGCGUCAAGGUAUGAUGAGAAUGGGCUGAAAAGCACGCUCGAGGCAGUCGUGGGUAGAGUCGAGAUGGGUAGAAGCCGACGGAACACCAAACAGUAA